UGUAAAAAUCAUUUGUGUAUUGUAUUCGUUAAGUCAGUAUUGACAUUUGACUUUUUCGUUUGUUGUGAAAUAUAUUUUUAAUUUUCUUGAAAAUUUUAUUACUUAUCUAAUUUCCUAUCUCAACUAUUUAAUUCUAGAAAUAUGACAAUGGGCGAUGAAACACCAGUGACUACAUUAAUUCUUCCAAUUUUAAUACGCCCUAUUUUGUCAGAGUUAGAGAAGCAAGAUGUUUUGGCUUCUCAAACUUUACGGUCUGCUCUUACUAAAGCUGAAGCAAGUUAUCCAGGUCUUACAUAUGACCUUGUUGUUGGUAUUUUACGAAGAGGAGAUCUUGCUGUCAACAUGAAUGAAAGUAUACUUCGUCUGCAAGGAGCAGUUUCUGAUACAGAUGUUGAAUAUCGAUUAAAUCGCUCAGAAGAUGCAUUUCAAGAGCUAAAUAAAAAGUCUGCAGCCUUGAAAAGAAUUCUAAGUCGAAUACCAGAUGAAAUAACUGAUAGGAAGACAUUUUUGGAGACUAUCAAAGAAAUAGCUAGUGCCAUAAAGAAAUUGCUGGAUGCCGUGAAUGAGGUAAACGGUUUCAUUCCAGGUUCAACCGGAAAGCAGUCAUUAGAACAAAGAAAAAGAGAAUUUGUUAAAUAUUCUAAAAGGUUUAGCAAUACUUUAAAAGAAUAUUUUAAAGAAGGCCAUGCCAACUCAGUAUUUGUUAGUGCUCUGUAUUUAAUUCAUCAAACAAAUAUGAUUAUUACAACAGUGAAGAGCAAAUGUGAAUAAAUUAAUAUAUAUAUAUAUAUAUUUUGAAUUUAUCUUGACAAAUUAUAUAAAAAUUAAUAGUUUUUAUUUCUGACAUUUCUAGAUUUAAUACUGUAUUACGUUUUGGUAAAGGUUGGAACAUUAAGUAUUAAAAGAUGUAAUAUGUAUUAAGAUAAAUAUAAUAUUGUUAUUAGUCAUGGUGUUAAAUAUACAUACAAAUGUUUAUGAAUAUU